UUACAGAGAAGCAAAGGGUCAUUCCGAGAAUCAGGAAGAAGAAACAAUGGUAGAUGUUGGUGUACAGGAAAUGCCAAGUGAAUAUGGCACAGCGACAAGGGAGGGUGUCACAAUGGGGCUGGAUGAACCGGAUGAUUAUAUGCGGUACAAGAAGCUUGAGAAGCAACUUGAGCACUUAGAUGUUAUGGAGGAAUAUGUAAAACUAGAAACACGAAAUCUGGAAAAAGAAUUAUUGCAUGCUCAAGAAGAGGUUAAACGAAUACAAUCUGUCCCUUUAGUUAUUGGGCAGUUCUUGGAGGCCGUCGAUCAGGACCAUGCAAUUGUGGGGUCAACUACAGGAUCGAACUACUUUGUUCGUGUGUUGUCCAUUCUGGAUCGCGAGCUGUUGAAACCCGGUUGUAGCGUGGCAUUGCAUAAAUAUAGUAAUGCUCUUGUUGAUGUGUUACCACCGGAAGCAGAUUCGACAAUACAAAUGCUGCGUGCUGAUGAAAAACCUGAUGUUUCAUAUGCUGAUAUCGGAGGUCUCGACAUGCAGAAACAGGAGGUUCGCGAAGCGGUGGAACUUCCUCUUACUCACGGGGAGCUCUAUCAGCAGAUUGGUAUUGAUCCUCCGCGAGGUGUACUUAUGUAUGGCCCACCGGGAUGUGGUAAAACAAUGCUUGCAAAAGCAGUAGCAGCACAUACCACAGCUUCAUUUAUCCGUGUUGUCGGAAGUGAAUUUGUUCAAAAAUAUCUCGGAGAAGGACCACGCAUGGUACGUGAUGUAUUUCGUCUAGCCAAAGAGAACAGUCCAUCGAUAAUAUUCAUCGAUGAGAUUGAUGCAAUUGCAACGAAACGAUUCGAUGCACAAACCGGUGCUGAUCGUGAAGUGCAACGGAUUUUGUUGGAAUUAUUGAAUCAAAUGGAUGGUUUUGAUCAGAGUACAAAUGUUAAGGUAAUAAUGGCAACAAAUCGUCAAGAUACUUUGGAUCCGGCGCUUUUACGUCCCGGCCGUUUAGAUCGAAAAAUUGAGUUUCCAAUGCCGGAUCGCCGACAGAAGCGUCUCAUUUUCUCGACAAUUACGACAAAAAUGAAUCUUUCGGAUGAGGUUGAUAUGGAAGACUUUGUUGCUAGGCCAGAUAAAGUGUCGGGUGCAGACAUUAAUGCCAUAUGUCAGGAGGCUGGUAUGCAUGCAGUUCGUGAAAAUCGUUACGUUGUACUGACCAAAGAUUUCGACAAGGCAUACAAAUCGGUGAUAAAGAAGGAUCAAAAUGAUUUUGAGUUCUAUAAGUAAUUACUUUAGAUUGCACUGCAAUGAAAUUCUCAAUUUCUUUCGGGUUCCACUUGUGAAAAUGC